AUGCUCACCUGCCAUCAUUCCAUCCAUCACGUUUGCCAUCUCUCCACUGCUGUCAUUGUGAUCCCAUCAGCAGCUGGUAUCAAGGGAGGUGGUAAGUUGAAGACCUCAGCAGCUGGCCUCUGGCAGCUUUCGCAUUUCCACACCCCAAUCAAGGGACAUGGUGCUCGGCUACUGAAAUAUGGUAACUUUGACGAGAAAUUCAAAAGACCUUCUGUCUCUUGCAUCUAUAUAGCAGUCCAUGGUGUCAGUGUCAAAGGCGAAGAACCACUGCGUGUCCCACUGCAGCUCACCUGGCCGGAGAUCUCGUCCUCUGCCACCUCACUUCAGGCCAGCAAGCAGAGAAGAAGCGAGAUCUGUCCCACUGAUAUGUCCGUUGUUUUAAUGACUGCUAAUCUAGGUGUCAUCCUUGCUUUCUACGCCCAUUAUUUGCGAGAGUGUGCCUUUUAUAUCGGCUGUCGUCGAGCUGCCAACGAAGUCACGAUAAACAAACAGAACGCCAUCCAUCCUCAUCAACCGCGGCAUACUUUCAGCGAUGGGCCUCUGGCGGCCUCUGCUCUUCACCCCUGGUUGACCCAUAUCAGAAAUAGAGUGCCAGCAGAGAGCCAGCGUCCUGGUGCUUGGGCGCGCGCUAGGAAACUAUAA